UAUUGUUAUUAAUCAAGUUUGACUGCUGUUGACUGCUUACUUGCUUAGACAACAACAAAUGUUUACAUACCUAUUUUUUAUAAACAAUAUAUAAUAUUUAAUUAAAUAAUAAUGUCAGCAACAAGAGCAUUACCUCAAAGUAAAGAGGCAUUAUUAAAAUCUUACACAACAAGAUUAAAGGACGAUGUUAAAUCAAUGCUAGAAAAUUUUGAAGAAAUUGUAAAGUUAGCUAAAGGUGAAAAUGAUUCACAAUUAUCAAGGAUGGCACAGUGUGAACAGGACACUUAUGAGAUGCAUGUAAGAGCAGCAAAUAUUGUUAGAGCUGGUGAAUCAUUGAUGAAACUUGUAUCUGACAUAAAACAAUAUCUAAUUCUCAAUGAUUUUCCAUCAGUUAAUGAAGCAAUUGGAACAAACAGUAAACUUUUUAGACAAAAACAAGCUGAAAGUGAUCAAAAACUUGCAUCAUUACGUGAUGAUAUGGCUGCAGAUUUGUAUGACCUUGAGGAGGAAUAUUACACAUCAAUAUACAAACAAUAAAAAACGAAAUUUAGGGACAUGAAAAAAUAAAUCAUUCACACGACAUAGGUGAGACGUGGUUUUGUUUUUUCAUAGCUUUGUUUAAUCUUUAUUCAAAUAUUGAAUCGUUUAUCUGUAUCAUAUUAGUUAAGAGGAAAUCUAAUUUAUAAUUAUAUC